CCUGAGCAGAGAGCUGCCAUGUGCACGGGGAAGUGUUCAAAGUGCAUUGGGAUUACCCUGUUCCCACUGGCGACAUGUGCCAUCAUCUCCAACAUUCUCCUGUACUUCCCCAACGGACAAGUUCUGCAGCUCAGCGAGAUAACCGAUCUGGUCUGGUAUUUCCAUGGCAUUCUAGGAGCUGGGAUACUGGUUAUUUUGCCGGCAUUCAUGAUGCUGGGAGCAGGAGGAGCAGGAUGUUGCGCUAACAGAUGUGGGAUGCUGCUGUCAGUGAUUCUGGCUGUGCUGGGAUUUGCAGGAGGAGCAUAUUGUGUGGUCAUCUCCUCAUUGGGGCUGAUUGGGGGUCCUCUGUGUGACACGGGUGAUGGAGAAUACCUCUACCCUUUCAGGAAUGACACUCUGAAAGACAAUUACUUGUUCAACCAGACAACAUGGAGUAUUUGCAAAGAACCUGAAAACAUCAUCCUUUGGAAUAUUGUUCUUUUCUCUAUUCUCCUGGCCAUCGGUGUUGUUGAAGCUAUUCUUUGUUUUAUUCAAGUCAUCAAUGGACUUACUGGUUUCAUAUGUGGCACAUGUAUGAGGAGAAGAAAGACAAAUAUUUCUGGGAUGUGAAUGACCUACAG